CGCCACCACGUGACGCGUUCUAUGAUAUUCUUCACGCAGCGCGAGUGGAAAUUAUCUCAUACUGACACACUGCCUCUCAGCGCUGCGCGCCUAUCGCGGUAUGGACGCUGCGCGAAGCCUCCCGGAGACUUCGUGAUUGUCUCGCGUGGUAGCAGCACUGACCUGCACGCUGUGGAGCAUGCGGCGGCUGCUAGUGUGCGCGAGCCUGCUGGCGGUUCUCCUCAGAGCGGGUGUUGCUCUGCAGAUUCAGUGUUAUCAGUGUGAAGAGAUUCGGCAGGAUGACUGCUCGUCUCCUGAGUUCAUCGUUAACUGCACCGUCAACGUGCAGGAUAUGUGCCAGAAGGAAGUUCUUGUCAUGGAGGAUGGGAUCCACUACAGGAAGUCAUGUGCGUCGUCGGGGGCAUGUCUUAUUGCAUCGUCGGGCUAUCAGCAGUUCUGUACAGGGAAGUUGAACUCCGUGUGCAUUACCUGCUGUAGCACUCCUCUGUGUAACGGCCCACGCCUCAAACGCCAGCCCCCUGGCUCUGAGGCCCCGCCCUUCUCUACACCUACCCUGUCUAACCUCCUUUAUAGCCUUCUCUCCAUCUCUCUAUCACUCCCCAACUCUCUUUCUUUCUCUGUCUGGUAAUGCAGCUGUGCUCACUAAUGGAGAAGUUUUGAAAAUUCAAACAUUAAUACUUAACACAUUCUUGCUAUUGCUCACCCUUUGCUCUCUUUAACUGGCCUUGUAUGAUUCCGGGUUCUGCCAAUGUCCAAUUCUGCAUCUUAGAGUGUACAAAUAACAGAUGAAAAGGAAGAAGCUUUGGAUUUUUUCCUGUGCUAAAAUAAUUUUUGUUUGGUUGUUUACUCAGCUUUGGAUGAAUGAUUUUCACUGUGUAAAAAGGAUUUUAGUAAAAUUCCAACUCAUUUGCUCAUCAACAGCCAUAUACUCAUUCUCCCCUCAACUCCCCCUCUGCUCUUCCCCUCCCCCUUUAGACACCCCAUCCCCUCUCUGACCCCCCCUCUCAGACC